AGUUCAACCGCUUCUAUUACAUCGACUAUUCUGAAUUAUCAGUACGUUCAUAAGAAUGGACGACGAUACCACGCAUAUCGACAAGGAGAAUAUGUCAUCCCCAACGACGAACAGGAACAAGAGCGGCUCGACCUGCAUCACCACAUCUGCAGUCUAGCCAUGAGGGGAGACCUGUACCGUUGUCCCCUUCCACAAGGAAUCCGACGAGUUCUGGAUAUUGGGACCGGGACGGGAGCAUGGGUCAUUGACAUGGCGGACUCAUUUCCCGAGACGGUGGUAAUCGGCACGGAUCUAAGCCCCAUUCAACCUCUAUGGGUUCCACCAAAUUGCGUCUUCGAAAUCGAUGACUUCGAGCUUGAAUGGAAUUUCUCGCAACCGUUUGACUUCAUCCAUGCGCGGGCAAUCGAAGGCUGCGUGCAUGACUUUCCGCGACUGUUCCAGCAGGCCUAUGACUCGCUGAGUCCUGGGGGGUGGUUCGAGGUCGUCGACUUCACGGCGGGGAUCUUUUCCGAUGAUGAAAGCACCGAGAAGUCACCACAUCUCCUAGAAUGGCGGGAUCGACUCAUCGAGGCGAGUCGGGUGUUUGGAAAGCCCAUGGGUGUCGCGAGCCAAUACGACGAAUGGAUGGCACAGUCGGGGUUUGCGAACAUCCGCCAGGAAAUCAUCAAGGUCCCGUUUGGUCCGUGGGCAAGGAACGCCACGCAGAAAGAGCUCGGCAGAUACCAUCAAACAAACAUGCUGGAAGCACUUGAGGCAUAUUCACUGGCUUUGUGCACGCGGUACCUUGGAUGGAGUGUGGAACAGGUCCAGCUGCUUCUGAUAGGGGUCCGGAAGGAACUGAAGGAUCUUUCUUUGCAUAACUAUUCUAAGCUCUACGUGGUAUAUGGGCAGAAGACAUUGUAA